AUGGGUGUUUCCAGGUUCCGAUCUGCCUUCCGGCGAUCAUCGACCCAGGACUCUGUUACUCAAAUCCCUGUGACCACUGAUGGCGAUGAAAAGAGCAAAAUCCCUACCGACCCCGUUGCUGUACCCAACAGCGCGGACCCCGAAGUUCCCACUCAAGAUGCACAGCAAGGUGUCAGGGAUGUCGAGGCUGUGACUUUGAGUUGGACGAGGACCAUGCUGAUUGCAGUCUUUGCAAACAUCUGGUUCUUGUACUUCGUCAAUGCUAUGCAAUCCUCGAUUAACUACAGUUUGCUCAGCUAUGUCACCAGUGACUUUGAGAGUCAUUCCCUCCUGAAUGUCAUCUACAUUGUUGCAGACGCCAUGACAGCCUCAGUGUACAUCCCCACUGCCAAGAUCAUGGACGUUUGGGGCCGUGCAGAGGGUUUCCUGGUCAUGACCGUUUUUGCUACGCUUGGUCUAAUUCUCAUGGCUGUAUGCCACAACCUUCCCACAUUCUGCGCGGCCUACGUCUUCUACAGCAUUGGAUUCGGAGGUAUGACAUACUGUGUCGAUGUCAUCACCGCCGACAUUUCCAAGCUCAAGAAUCGAGGUUUGGCUUACGCUUUCACCUCCUCGCCAUACAUCAUCACAGCCUUCGCUGGUCCCAAGGCCGCCGAGGGCUUCUACGAAGACAUUAGCUGGCGAUGGGCCUUUGGUGCAUUCUCCAUCAUCUUCCCUAUUGUUGCCUCCCCUCUUUACUUCAUCUUGAAGAGCAACCUCAAGAAGGCCCAGAAGAACGGUCUUCUAGUCCCGGAGCCUAGCGGCCGGAAUUGGUGGCAAAGCAUUUGGCACUAUACCAAAGAGUUCGAUUUGCUUGGUGUUUUGGUGUUCUCUACCGGCCUUACAAUCUUCCUCCUUCCGUUCAGCAUUGCAACGUACGCCCCUAAGGGCUGGGCAUCAGGCUACAUCAUUGCUAUGAUCGUCAUCGGAUUUGUUAUGCUUGGCCUCUUCCUUGUUUGGGAGUUCCGCUUUGCUCCGACACCAAUGUUCAACUUCAGACUGUUGACCGAUCGAACCAUCAUUGGUGCAUGCUUGCUCGACGCGACAUACCAGCUCUCUUACUACUGCUGGAACAACUACUAUACAUCCUUUUUGCAGGUAGUCAACGAUCUCACCAUCUCCGAGGCCGGUUAUGUUAGCAACACUUUCGACGUUGUCUCCGGCUUCCUCUUGCUUGGAGUCGGUUUCAUUAUUCGCAAGACUGGUCGCUUUAAGUGGACUCUCUACAUUGGUGUCCCGCUUUACAUCUUCGCCCAGGGAUUGAUGAUCUAUUUCCGCCAGCCCGACCAAUCUGUCGGUUAUCUUGUGAUGUGUCAGAUUUUCAUCUCCAUUGGUGGAUCUGUCUUCAUCAUUGUCGAGCAGCUUGCCAUCUUAGCUGCCGCCGAUCACCAGCACGUCGCAACUGUCCUCGCCCUUCUGAACGUCGUCGGUACCGUGGGUGAUGCUGCCGGUUCUACCAUUUGUGCCGCAAUCUGGACCAACACCUUCUACAAAGCCCUUGAGGCGAGGCUUCCUGCCUCUGCGAUAGGAGACAUCGAUUUGAUCUACGAGGAUAUUACCCAGCAGCUGUCCUAUCCCGUCGGAACCCCCGCGAGAAGGGCUAUUCAAUCAGCCUAUGCCUAUUCUCAGACACGAAUGCUUGCUGUUGGCACCGGUCUCAUGGGUCUUUGCAUCAUCUGGGCCAUCAUGAUCCGCGACAUUGACCUCAAGAAGGUUGCUCAGGUCAAGGGUGUCGUCUUCUAA